AUGAACGACCUCACUGAUCGUACUGAUCAAAUCACGCUCGAUGACUCGUCGAAGUGCCUAGAGUCAAAAUGCUCACUGGACUUUGCACCUUUUGUUGCGUCUCACCUGGAGGUGAUUUACAGCUCGUUAAAAUCCUUGCCCGGGGUCGAUUUCCUCCGGGACAUCCAACAUGAGACUCCUAAUGACGACAGUAACAAUGGGGCUGUAGACCCCCUCGCUUCCUUAGCGGCGCUUCGGGAGUAUAUGGCCAGUUCAGCCUCUUCGGCAUCGGGACCUGUCAAGCAGCAGAGAUAUUCAGCACCCAUUAGUGACUAUUUCAUCUCUUCGAGCCAUAACACUUACUUGACUGGGAACCAAUUGUACAGCGAUUCAGACGCGAGUGCUUAUACAAACGUCCUUCUGAAUGGAUGUAGAUGUGUCGAGAUCGACGUAUGGGAUGGCGAGCGAAGCUCCGAAUGCCCAUCUGCUGAUGACACGAGCAGUAGUAGUAGCGAUUCAAGCUCUGAGAGAAAGAUAAAGGACGAGUCAAAAAGGGAAAGGCUCAAGAGUAUGGCCAAACGACACGCACGCUUGGGAUCCAUAUCAACCAAACUAGGGGGUAUCCUAGGCCGCAAGUCGUCUUCUGAGGACGUGCCUCUCGACAGCAGUGCCCCAGUGGAUCCUGCGAUUGAGACCCCGCCACUCCCAGAGCCCAAGGUGCUUCAUGGCCACACGCUUACCAAAGAGACUACAUUUCGAGAUGUGUGUUAUGCCAUCCGGGAUAGUGCUUUUGUUACAAGUGAUCUACCGGUGAUUGUUAGUCUGGAAGUGCAUGCAUCUCUGGAACAACAACAGGCGAUGGUGGAGAUCAUGGAAGAGGCUUGGAAAGGGAUGCUGGUGGAAGUCACACCCGAAAAGGAGGCGACUGAUCCUCUGCCGGCACCGGAGGACCUAAAACGAAAGAUCCUGAUUAAAGUGAAAUACGUGGCACCGACGAGUGAAGACAAAAAGGAGGAGACGCCAGAAGGCAAUGGCGACGAGCUCGAAGCACUCAAGCAACAUGCCAACCAAGGUGACUCGAGUAGCACUGCCGACAAGCCAUCUGAUGUACCCCCAAAGAAACCAUCAAAGAUCUUAGAAGCUCUCAGCAGACUGGCUAUAUUCACCAAAGGGUUCCACUUCAGUCACUUUGAACAACCAGAGGCCAAAGUACCCGGGCACGUGUUUUCGCUAUCAGAAAGUGCGGCCAGAGCAGCGCAUGCGAAAGAUCCUGAAGCCCUGUUUGAACACAAUCGCAAGCAUUUCAUGCGGAUUUACCCAUAUGGUCUGCGGGUGAAUUCCUCGAAUCUCGACCCCAGCUUCUUUUGGCGCCGUGGCGCGCAGGUGGUGGCAUUGAACUGGCAGAACCUCGACAAAGGAAUGAUGCUUAACAGCGCCAUGUUCGCCGAUGAGCAAGGUUGGGUACUCAAACCGCAAGGAUAUCUAAGUUCCGAUGCACCCUCUACCAUCGUGCGUCGCCAGCUAGACCUCUCGAUAGAGUUUCUCGCCGGCCAGAACAUCCCCUUGCCUCCAGGAAACACCAACGAGAAGCGUUUUCACCCCUACGUGGUCUGCGACUUGCAUAUUGAGACGCCUGAGGACACCACUUCGCCUCACGUGGAAGACGAGGGUGAGUCAGAGGUCGAGAGCUACAAACAAACGAUCAAAAGUGCCUCGGGAGCCAGUCCAAACUUUGAAGGCCAAAUGGUUCAGUUUCCGACCCUAUCUGGGCUAGUUGAAGAGUUAUCUUUUGUCCGAUUCAAAAUUAAAGACGAUGAAUUCGGACGAGACUCGACGGCCGCCUGGGCUUGUAUUAAAUUAGACCGCCUCCAAGAAGGCUACCGGCUAAUCCACCUGCACGACUGUUCGGGAGCAAAAACCGACGGCGUCCUGCUGGUUCGUAUUAUCAAACGGGUCACCUAG